AUGCCCAUCUGUAUCGAGUGUCGCUAUCCGACUACCCAACUCUAUACCGAGUAUUCCGGAGGAUCAACUGGUCAUGGAGUACGAUUAACCGUUUGUAAGAAUUGUGGACGAUUUUGCGAUAAAUAUGUUGAGCAUGAUUUUGUGGUUUUGUUUAUUGAUUUGGUUUUGAUUAAGCCACAGCCUUCAAUAAUCCGUCUCGGUGUCCUUCUCCUCCUCUUCGAUGUCUACCUAACAUGGGCACGUAUCGAAAAGCAAACUUCCGCGCCCAUUUCCGCUCCAAUCGAAACAGAUAAUACGAAUUUCCUUCGUCUAGCCGCUCAACCCAUUGUAUUCCAAUACGUAUUCUUUCUAAUCCUCUGUGCCCUCUCAACCCUAAGCUUUCACCUCUCUAUCCGCUUUCUCACAUCCUCACCACUUUCUCCUCUGGUGUUCCUCGGUCUCCUCCCAAAAUACACCCGCCCGAAUUCCGUAUCUACAGCGCUACUAGUCUCGUCUUCUACGAAACUAUUCCCUAUUUUGAUGGUAAUAUGGGAGUAUGACGUACCGGCUGCGGCGAGAAGUUUAGGAUGGGCUGUUGUUGCGAAUAAUGUGGAGGCUUUGAAAAUAUUACUGGAUUGCGGGUAUGGGACUGCAGCGAUAUUGGCGACAGUUGGAGCGAUUAGUAGGUGGAUGGUUGGGAGGGGGAUACUUUGGGCGGUCGGCUUGGAUGGGGUUGACACCGUUGGAGAUUCAGGGGUAGCGGCUGAUGGAAAAGCGCUUUGGGCGGUAGUGGAAUUGGGUAGAGAAUGGGGUGGAAGGUUAGGCUUGGGGUGAAUGAGGAGAGUGAAGAGUGGAGGGUGGUUCAUGAGAAAACGAAUAUGAAUGAUAUAUAUCCCAAAUAUCGUAGAUGAUUGAUAUUUAAGGGGCUGGCAGUAGACAUUCAGGGGGAAUGGUGCACUAUUGCACAGCACGAUGGUAUGCUCACAGAUUUACAUUUGCCAAGGUGAACUAAGCAUCUGCAAAUCCAACUUCACUGCAAAGGUACAGAUUCCCGCAAGGUAUGCCUAUACUUCGAGGACCAUAUUACGACCCGGCGUUCGAGCGCGGCGAGGAAUCCGGGAUCUUGGGGGUUUGAACGCAUCGGAAACAAUCAAAGAAGAGAAACAAGUAUCGCUCCGCUGGGGGCAUGAAGGCCAUUGCGGUGGAGGCGGACUAAGGAGAAGCU